GUGGCAUAAAACUUUGUUAACAUUUCAUAAUAUACGAGCGGCAGUGGCUCUGUUAUUGUUGGCUAUAAAUAGCAUAGAAUUAGCCAAGGCACUGCUGCCACUGCCGGCUAAUAUAAAUGAUGCCGGUGGAGGAGGGGGAGGAGUAUUGGGUGAUGACGCUAGUAACAGUGGCAAUAACGGAUAUGCAAACAAUUAUCCAGGAAACGGAAGUGAAAGUAAUUUGCCUCAACAACAGCAGCACGAGCAGACAUUUAUGAACACUGAACCGGAUUUUAUAAUUGUUGUUAUUGGUUUUGCCUCUCUGGCCAAUGCCUUGGCCGCUUUGAUUUUAACCAUCAUGUUAAUUUGGUUUCAUCGUAUGGUCGAAUUGAAAAAAUCUCUAGAGUUUUUAUACAUCAGCAGCACAUUGUCGGUGUUAAUUUUCGUUUUACGUAUUUAUGAAUUGGCGGAAAUUGUUUACUAUGAUUCUCUGAUGGCCUUGGAAUCUAUUAUACAAGCCUCAUCGGCUUUAUGUUUAUUACUAUUGGCCAUUAUAGAUGGUUUUACCGUUUACAAAGAG